AUGAAUAGUCAAACAGUAGGGAACACUUCCAGCAACGGCUGGGUCGUGCAAAAAUUCGGCGGCACAAGCGUGGGAAAGUUUCCUGACAAGAUUGCAGUGGAUAUUGUCCGGGCAAGUCUGUCAAAGAACAAUGUCGUCGUCGUGUGCUCAGCAAGAAGCACGGGUAACAAGGUCGAGGGCACCACCAGCCGGUUGCUGGGUGUUUUCAACAAGCUCAGGGGAAUUGCCGCGCCCACGAGCGCCGAAGAGUUGCAGAAUGAACUCAUGGACCAGGCCAAGGGCCUCAUUGACGACAUCUGCAAGGACCAUGUUUCAGCAGUCAAGACCUUUCUGAGCAACCCGGAGCUGCAGGCGUCUCUGGAACAGGAGAUCCGCGAUGAGUGCCAGGAGCUGGUCGAGUACAUUGUAGCGGCGCGAAGAUUUAACCUCGAAGUCAACUCAAGAUCCAAGGACCGCUGCAUCAGCUUUGGCGAGAAGCUCAGCUGCAGAUUUAUGGCCGCGUUGCUGAAAGAUCUCGGUGUCGCUGCGGAAUAUGUGGAUCUGAGUGACGCGUUCCAUUAUGAUGCCACUGGCCAUUUGGACCAAAGUUUCUACCAAGAUGCUACUGCCGUGCUGCGGAAAAAGAUCAUGGCUUGCGAGGAUCGGGUCCCUGUGGUCACUGGCUUCUUUGGAAACGUGCCCGGGAGUCUAAUUGAUGGUGACAUCGGUCGAGGCUACACCGACCUCUGCGCGGCGCUGUGCGCAGUCGGCCUUAAGGCUGACGAGCUCCAAGUGUGGAAGGAAGUCGACGGCAUCUUUACCGCAGACCCUACCAAAGUCCCUACAGCACGCUUGCUGCACUCCAUCACACCGUCCGAGGCGGCAGAGUUGACUUUCUACGGUUCCGAGGUUAUCCACCACUUGACUAUGGACCAGGUUAUCCACGCUUCACCCCCUAUCCCUAUUCGUAUCAAGAACGUCAAGAACCCCAGGGGAGUGGGCACUAUCGUUGUUCCCGACCCUGUCCUCACCGCUGGCCACCAGAUCCAGCGUUCAAAGCCCUCGGAUCGCUCCAUGACCCAGAAGCCUAAGCGGCCGACGGCUGUCACGAUAAAAGACAAGAUCUCUGUCAUCAAUGUGCACUCCAACAAGCGAUCUAUCUCUCACGGCUUCUUCGCCAAAUUGUUCUCCAUUCUCGACAACAACCAGGUCUCGGUCGACCUCAUCUCCACGAGUGAGGUUCAUGUGUCCAUGGCUAUCCACACCGGCAAUUCGGAGAGCGGCAGCUUCGAUAAGGCUCGGCUCGAGCUGGAGGAGUGUGGCGACGUCAGCGUGCUGCACGAUAUGGCUAUUUUGAGUCUGGUCGGUGCAGAGAUGAAGAACAUGAUUGGUAUUGCUGGACGCAUGUUCUCUACCCUGGGAGAGCACAACGUCAACAUGGAGAUGAUUUCACAAGGUGCUAGUGAGAUCAACAUAUCUUGUGUUAUCGACGCACGCGACGCCACCCGGGCCAUGAACAUCCUGCACACGAAUCUGUUCACCUUCCUCGACUAG